AUGUGGCUAUUUGAUUCUCAUGGUAAUAUUUAUGUAGCUGAUACUGGUAAUGGUCGAAUUCAACUAUGGAAUGCACAUGCAUUAUUUAUACACUCGUCAGAUAAUUUGUAUAUUUGUAAUGACAAUCAAGUGUUAAAAUGGACAACAACAGAGAAUAUUCUAACAAUAGUUAUCAAUAAGAACAACACAGAUCAGGAGGAAUUUAUUUGCUCAGGUUUAUUUAUCGAUACCAUUGGAAAUAUUUAUGUAUCUGAUACAUUAAAUUUUCGUAUCAUAAAAUUUUCAGCAAAAUCGGUUAAUAGGAUAACUGUAGCAGGUGGAAGUAAUUGGCGAACUGCAGGUAAGAAUUUAAAGUACCCCCUAGGUAUCUUUGUCGAUUGUUUUGAAAAUAUUUAUAUUGCUGAUCGUGACAGUAAUCGUAUACAAAAAUGGACAAAAGAGGCACAAAAUGACGGAACUGUAGCUGGUGGACAGGGACAAGGAUCAAGCAGCAGUCCGUUAAUAGACAUCAAUAAAGGAUAUUCGGUGCUAACGGCCAACAAGCGAAAACACCAGACAGAUGUGAGGAGGAAAGGAAAACGACGAUUUUCACCUAAUCGGAGGUCCUUUUGUGGAUAG